UGCAAUAAAGUUUGCUCAAAACCGGAAGUGAGACGUCACGCAAUGGCGGCCUCCAUGUGGCUGUAGACUCAACGUGAUUUUGCUCAUGUUUUCUUGUCUGUAACGUAAAGGAAAAUCCAAAAACCAGUUAAAAAAUUGGUGGAAACCACAAUAAGGUCUUCAGAGUGAACCUGCUUGAGCUGAGAACCAGUGUUCAUAUCUGACAUGGCUUCAUUUAAACCCACCAAAGUUCAGUUCCUUCCUAAACUAGGAGAGAAAGUAACAGAGGAAACACUCUACUGGAAGAAUUACAAGUCUCCGGUGCAAAUUAAAGAGUUUGGUGCUAUAACAAAGAUCGACUUCUCUCCUCUCCCACCUCACAAUUAUGCCGUCACAGCCUCCACCAGAAUCCACAUAUAUGGACCCCACUCUCAAGAGCCCAUACGGAGCUUCACACGUUUUCGGGAUACAGCGUAUGGAGGGAGCUUCAGAGGCGACGGGAAGCUUUUAGUGGCGGGAAGUGAAGAGGGACUUAUCCGGCUGUUUGACAUCAGCGGCCGAGUGGCUCUCAGACAGUUUGCAGGACACUCCAAGGCGGUACACGUGACCUCGUUCCUGUCUGACGGCUUUCGUGUGGUGUCGGGGUCUGAUGACCUGUCGUGCCGUGUGUGGGACGUUCCCAGUGCUGUUGAGCUCAGCUCCUUAACUGAACACACAGACUACGUCAGAGCUCUCGCCCCCAGCAAACUCAACCCAGAUCUGUUUGUCACAGGUUCGUAUGAUCACACAGUGAAAGUGUUUGACAUGCGGUCAGGGAGCAGUGUGAUGACCAUGCAACACGGCCAUCCUGUGGAGUGUGUACUGUUGUACCCGUCAGAAGCCCUGCUGGUGUCCACAGGAGGGCGCUAUGUGAAGGUUUGGGACCUGUUGAAAGGCGGACAGGAGCUUGUUUCUCUUAAAAAUCAUCACAAAACAGUUACAUGUGCAUGUCUGAGUUCUGUAGGCAACAAACUGCUCACAGGAUCACUGGACAGGCACAUCAAAGUGUAUAACUCCUCUUAUAAGGUUGUACAUAAUUUCGACUGUGAUGCAUCCAUCCUCAGUAUGGCUAUUGCGCCUGAUGAUGAAGCGCUUGCCGUGGGGAUGACCAAUGGUGUGUUGAGUGUCAGGCACAGGAGACACCAAAAAGACAAAGAGACGUUAACUAGUCGAAGGCGACGGGGCCCGUCAUACCAGGUCUUUGUCAAGGGGAAGAACUUUGUGCCCAGACAGGAUGAUUUCUUGGUCAGUAAACCAGUGAAGCAGUAUCUACGGAAAUAUGACAAACAGCUGAAAAGCUUUGAGGUGUCCAAAGCGCUGGACACCGCUCUGCAGACAUGGACACGCACCAGUAAACCAGAUGUGACCGUAGCGGUUAUCAUAGAGCUCAACCGCAGAGGAACUCUGAAAAAUGCUCUCGCAGGACGAAAUGAAGAGAGCUUAACCAAGAUCCUCAACUUCCUUCUCAAGCACAUCUUUGACCCACGCUUCUCUCGGCCUCUGCUCAUGGUCGGGGAUAUUGUGCUUGAUCUGUAUCAGCAGGUUUUUCACGAGUCACCUGUAGUCGAGCGGCUGCUGCAGCGUCUUAUGGAGGUGUUGGGUCGGGAAGCAGAACUUCAGCAGGAGCUUCUGCAGGUCUUAGGAAUCCUGGACACACUUUUCGCAUCGCUGACCCCCAGAAAAGAGGUCAUGGCCCAUGCUGCCCCACCAGUAGCGCAGGAGUCUCAGCUACAAGCUGCCUGACACUCAUUACAAAACUUUCGUGACGCAAACGAAACAUGCUGGACUCUGGCAGAGGCGUGGUGAAAACUGAAAGGGAAAGCGGAAGGAAACAAACACGAGAGGCGGCUUUGGGAAAGAUGUUGCCCAAUGCACUGAAAAAUCACUGUGUCAGUGUGUCCUCCGUUUCUGCUGAUGUUUGCAGAAUUUGAAACUGCAUUUUGUAUAUUCUUAUCAUAAAAUCUUCAGAUCUGUGCGUUUUGGUUUGUUCUUUCUUUCUGUCAUAAUCGAAUGCCUUAGUAAUGAAAUACAAUUACAAUACAGUUA